AUGGCACACAAACUUUUCAAAAAUAAAAAGUUAAAACCAAAUGAAUACUUACCCUUGUUAGAGUUAAAAGGGGCCCGCCAGGAGGAAUUAAGACCAGAAAAUAAAAAUACUUACCUAUUGAAAGAAACCUAUAUUGGGAAUCUUUCAAAACCAAAAA